GAUGGAAAGUUGUUCCUUCUCAUCUAGCUAUAUAAUUCAACUGUUGUAUGCUCUGGUUGACAAUUGAUCAAUUUAUUGAAAAGAGGGCAAUUGGUAGACGUUGGAUCGCAAGUUACGAAAUUUCAAGAAAAUGUCAGGUGAAAGUCCAGAACCCCCGGUCCAUUGGUCCGUCGUCCUCUUCCCAGGCUUCCAAGCCCUCGACGUCUUUGGACCUCUCGACAUCCUGAAUCUAGUCGCUCGCUACAAAAAAAUCGAACUCUCUAUCAUCGCCGCAACCCUAGACCCCGUAUCAACCGAUGUCGCUCCACUGUUUCCUGGAAGACAAGACGUUUGGAAUCUCGCCGGAUCCAAAAUCGGACAAUCAGUCGUACCAACACACACAUUUGACUCUCCACCAGAGAAGAUUGAAGUGCUACUCAUACCCGGUGGAGGUGGUACGCGCAGUCGACCAUCAGCCGAACCAGUGGUUGAAUUCAUUAAGAAGAUUUUCUCUUCUAUCCGAUAUUUACUCACUGUAUGUACGGGUUCGGGUCUUGCUGCUCGAGCGGGUGUGCUAGAUGGUAAGCGGGCGACUAGUAACAAGCGUGCUUGGAAGGAGGUUACGGCACUUCGUACGGAACCUAUAUGGGUUCAACGGGCUCGUUGGGUUGCGGAGGGGAAUAUUUGGAGUUCAUCUGGAAUUAGUGCGGGGAUGGAUAUGAUGUUUGCAUACGUGGAGUAUAUCUGGGGGAAGGAGUUUGCGAAUACUAUAGCCAAGAGGAUGGAGUAUAUCCGGAAUGAGGAUUGGGAUAAUGAUCCUUUCUGGGAGGUGAUGAAUGAAUAGGGUAGGUAUAUGUUGUCAUGGAUAUUAGCAAGGACCGAGCAAUUAUUACAGGCCAUGUUUGAGAUUGUGCCAUUGAGCAAGUGGGAACAAAAUUUUCUUCGGAA